GACGUCAGCAUUGAAAUUUACAACAGCAUACUCAUCGUCUCUGGCGGAACCAAGCUGGCUACCGACAAGGACGAAAAGGGCUAUGUCUUGCACGACGGGCGUCACGGCAAGCUCGUCACGUCGCUGCAGCUGCCUCAGGGAACCAAGGCGAACAUAAUAGGCACUACUUUCUCUUGCUAUCUCGUAUCCUGGCUGCCUGAGGAAAUCGAGGCAACUAUGGAAAACGGUGUCUUGAUGGUGACGUUCUCGAGAACGUCUCCGAAGCAAGCACCCAAGCAGAUCACAGUCAACUGA